UUCGAAUAUUGUUUGUUUUUAUUUUUUUAGUUUUGGAUGUUAUUGUUAUUGUCCAAUUAAUUUGCCAUGGAGAACACUGCCGGCAUGGCGGACUUGGCCAGCGUCUCCUUCGCCGACUUUGAGACAAAGACCACGGAGGAGGAUGCGCCCUGCUACGAGAGCUAUGGACAACAACAGAGCAAGCAUGACAUGACACUGAAUCUGUCCGGACACAAGGAGAACUUGUUUGCUGCAGAUCAAACGCCCACACCCACGCGCCUCAUCAAGAACUGCGACGAAGUGGGCCUCUUUGAGGACUUGCAGCAUGUCAAUGUCAAUCCCUUCGACAUCGGAUUCCAGCGGGCGGCCGAGCAGAAUGUGAGUGGCACGCCGAAUCGUGCAGAGGCUCCACAGAACGAUGGCGAGUCCCUGCACACACCACAAGUGUACCCUCUGGAAACGGUUUCGGUUCACACAACUGCCCCAGCUCCUGUGCCAGUAGGAGCGGUAAUACGAAGCGUGAGCGGCAGUUCGAUAGAUGUGGAGCAGCUGCUGGCCAGUGACAGUGCGACACCAAUGUCAGCUACCACUCCAGUCGUCUGCCCUGAAGCUCCUCCGCCCCUACAGUUGAUUCAACCCCAAGUUAUCGCUUGGGUGCUGCCUGCUCAGACAAUGCCCGUAACAACAGAACUGCCACGUGGAAAAAACCUAACCAAUUCCAUUCCCGUGCAAUCUGGCCGCCCAUUUAUACUUCCCAAGCCCAGUGCAAGGCGCACUACCCCGGCUCCGUUGGUGGUGUCAAGCAAUCCGGCGGCACCCGAGCCGAGCAGCGCCAGCCUGACGCCCACAUCGCAGCUACCCAUUAAGGAGCGGCUGAAAGCCAUUUUACACAGCAACAAUCAAAAGCGCAGCAUCUCCGCACAACAAAAAAGUGUCCGAGUAAAGCCGGAUCGGGACGAGGAUUGCAUGGAGCGACGUCGAGCGGCUGCCAGCCGCUACAGGAACAAGAUGCGCAACGAGCAGAAGGACCUGCGGAAGCAAAACGCCCAAUUGCAGCAGGAGAAUCAGGAUCUGCGCGAGAGGAUAGCCAGGCUGGAGAAGGAACUGCGGCAGCACAACAACAGCAUGGCUGGUGUCUUGUAUGCAGUUGUGGCAAAUCAACUAAAAAUUCCUCCCUCGAGCAUUCACCUGCUCAUCAAUGUGCCCAGUAUGCUAGUGCCUUCAUCUGCAUCCAACACGAGUGCGAGUGGGGAUACAAAGUAACCUCCACGGGUGUAAUGUAAACGAAUUAUGAGUUUGUUUGAUUUUAUUUACAUAUUUUAAUGCUAUGGUGCCAUGAUAAUAAUUCUAGCUUAGACAUUUAUGUAUUUGUACAUUAAGGCCUUAUUUUGUUGUGCUUUCAUCUAAGAAGAAGUAUUGCGUU